GUAUGAGAUGGGUGAGGGGGGAGUGAAUUUAAGAACCGCCCUAGUAUUUCUCCUGAGGCUUUCUAUUUCCUUCCCUAAUCUCAUUACUUAGUAUUUCAGAAAAAAAAUCCCUAAUUUCUCUUAUCCUUCUCCCUAUAUUUCUCCACGCCGAUCUUUCUCCCAUUCUUCUUGUUUUUUCUUUUUUUUUUUACCUCCUAAAAAUCCAGAGAAAUCUCGGUUGAGGAGUUCGGUUUUUGAUACAUAGGAGAUUGAUUCGAAGGAGCCAUGGAGACUCUUCCUCUCAUCGACGUAUCCUCGGAGGACGAUCUUCUUAUCUCCGAGUCUUCCAAUGCCGUUCCAGAUCCGCCCUCCCCAGGUCUUUCAGAAAAUCAUAAUGAAAAUAAGACUGUCGGUGCUGAGGAAGGGGAUGGUCCAGUGAAAAUGAGCAAGCAAAUGGAGCAAGUCCUUGAAUUAUCGGAGUCCCCAGAGCAAAAGCGAGUAAAAUCUCGCAAGUACAACUUGCGCAAAAGUUUAGCCUGGGAUAGCGCAUUUUUUACAAGUGAAGGUGUUCUCAACCCUGAAGAGUUGGCUAUUGUAAAUAGCACUUUUGGGAAGGCUGAAGCAUCUUCACUACCUGGAAUUCCGGAAGAUACAAGGAAAUCAACAGAGUCAAUAUCUACCCUAGAUAGUGAUACCUUGGUAUUAGAAAACAUUGAAGUAGAAUUGUUUGAAAAUGUGCGAGCUUCCAUUCAGAAGUCUCUUUCUAAAGAUGAGAAUGCUUCAAAGCUGGUAGACUCCUGUAAGACAAAAGAACAUGGGGAGCUAAAUGCACCAUUCCUUGGUUCGUCAAAGGCAGUUGAAUUAUUAUCUCAAAACAAGAAGAAGCCUCCUAUUGGGAUGAAAAGGCAUGCUGUUACCAAGAAACUUUCAGACCAUACUUCUGAGUCCUCACGUAUCAUGAAAGUGGCUACAAAUAAAAGUGCAGACUCGAAGCCAUCAUUAAAGCCACCAAGAGUUGUAUCUCGAGCAACUUUGCCAAUAGCACCACACAAGUCAGGUUUUGGUCAUAGGAACAUCCAACCAAGGAGUAGCAAUGGGAAACCUUCUCCUGGCAAUUUAAUUAAUCGGCAAUCUGUUGUAGUUCCUAAUAAGAUAAAUGGGGACUCAUUCCUUGUCACUUCUAAUUCUGUUCGAUCACCAAAAGCGAGUUCUUGUUCACCCUUAGGCAAUCUGGUGUUAUCAACAACUUCUUGUUCAUCACAUAGUGGUUCUGUUAGUAGUUCAUCUGAUUCAACAGGUAAAUCUCCUUCAGAGACAAGGAAAAGAGUUGCUUCUAGAAUUACAAAACAUUCUCCACCUGGGUCAACCACUAAGAAAACCCUUGCAAAGGCAUCCAAAAUUAAAAGCAUUAUCAGCAAUGCAAGCAAUCCCGCAAUACAUCCAAAGUCUACAUUCAAGUUCUCAGCAAAUGUGUCUCCAAAUAGUUCUCUAGACAGCGUGGCUUCAGAGUCAUCUUCAUCAGCCUCCAUUACUACGAAGGCCAGUAUUUUGAGGGAUAGCCUUGACACUGGAUCUUUGUCUUCCCCCCCUGCCUUGGCAGGUCCUGAGAGCAUCAUCUUUCAUUCAUCAGGUUUACAGAAACUUUCAGCUGGUCAUCCGUACGUCAGAAGUGAAAAUUCUGCAACCAUUCUUCAUAAUCAGUGUAUCCGUAAAGAUGCUUCAGAAAUUCAUGUAAUUUCUGAACCAUCAAUCAAGGACAACUCUAAAAGAUGCAUGAAUAGUAACUCUAGUGCUAAAAGCAUAAAACCAUCAGGACUUCGAAGGCCAACUCCCAAGAUUGGAUAUUUUGAUGCGGAGAAGUCCCUUUUGCGCAAUGUUGAAACAUUUUCCCUGCCCGGCAAGUUAAUUAGAAGUACCACCGGAAACAGUAGCCUUGUGGGGUUAAACAAACUGAAACCCAGUAAGCUUCAGUUAAUAAAGCCUGCAGCGAAGAAUGCAUCCACAAAGUUUGAUCCUCCACACAUCCAAUUGACAAGUCUGUCUUCUACUCAUGGCAUGAAACCUGCAUCACCUACAUGUCUGCAACAACUGUCAAAACCUUCUGAAUUAGGUGACACCAUUAGGAUGACAGAAAAUCAUGACUUGUGCUCUGAUGUUAGCAAGGAUUUGCCUCCUUGUUUGAGUGAAGAAAGCCAUUCCAAGGUUUCAAAAGUGGCAAAUGGAGUGGUUGAUGCAGCUGAAUUUGGUCAGUUAUCUAACCCAAGCACGGGAGAGCAAGCCAGUCAGGAACAUUCAGAGUUUAUAACUGCAUUUGCAUUUGGAAAUGAAUCUAUGAUGUCUAAUGGUAAAGAUGGUGAUUUUAUUGGCAAAGUGAAGACCUAUGAGCAACCAUCAUGUGGGUAUGGAAAGGAGAGCCAUAUGGAAAGUGACUUGCAUUCAGUUACCACAAGCAUUGAGAAGGAGAAUUUGUUUCCUUCUGAUAAAACUGAUGGCAGGAGUAAAGAUUUGCAGGCUAAGGAUCUGAAGCUGCCAAUGAUGGAAUGCAUAGAGGAAAGGGUAUCUGCCCUCUCUUUUUCCUGAACAAAGUACUUGACUGGCAGGAUCUAGAAUUCCUAUUUGGCUAUGCCAUUGCUUUUGGGCAGAACUUUCAUAUUUUACAAAGUUCAUGAAAGUGAGUUCCCUUUCUGUUUAUUCAAGUACAAAACAUCCCAUAUGGAACACAAAAAUUCUCUUGGCAUUUGAGUUCGUUCAACAGUACAAAUGGAUCAAUAAAUUCAGACCUUGUUCCUUGGGCUUGAUGAAUGUACCAAUUGGCUAUUCAGCUACUGCUGUUAAGCUCUGAAUAAGUGGUGACGGACAGCAACUCCCAAAUCAGUAGCAAAUAGUCUGAGAGGAAUGUAUUUCAGAUGAUUUAACUGUCAAAGUGAUGUCAUAUGAUGUAACUGUUUUUCCGGGUCUGGAGGUGUACUUGCUUGUGCUCUUCAAAACAGUCCACAAGGCCAUUGUGUUGUCUUGAAACUUGGGUUGUGGAUAAUAUUUGAAGAUUUGGUCUCUACAUGCUCUAAAACCUUGAGAAUGUACUCAAAUUUGAAGGUAACUUCACGUUUAGAGCAUGCGUUUGAUUUGAUUCUCAGAUAUUUGCGACUUGCCCAUGCUCAUAUUAUGAAACUUAUGAUUCUAGACACCAGGUGCUGCUCUCCCAUUACAGCAUUCAUCUUGUCUGUAGUACAUUAAUACCGUGCUUCUGUUCAGAAAUUUAUUAUAUGACAAUGUUUGUGCACAAGCAAAAACAUAUUUCUUGAGGAUAGAUUAACAAUGUGAGUGAUUUUCUUUUA